AUGCCGGGUUCCACUUUCAUGCCACCAUUUAACGGCGACGUUCCCGGUCAGGCCGUGUCCCCUUAUGUUACUGUGGGUAUCCUCGUGGCCGGGUUCGUUGGAGGCCUUGUCAUUGUCAUCGCCGUUAUUCUCUUUUGCAAGUUUUGUCUAAAAAAGGACAAAGGACUCGGAAGACAAAGUACAAGUGACAGCAGAUAUGCAUCUGACAGGGAAAGACGCUUUAAACCGCUACAGCGCUAUGAAACCAUUAACUCGGAUGUCUUCUCAGAACCCAGCACGGGAUCCAUGGAAGGCAUUCCUAUCAGUCCCCGCAAAGUCUACGAUACCAGGUUCCCAGCCGAUGUUGAAGAUAUAGAUGAAACAACGAAGCUCAAGUCGGACUUUGACAAAGUGAGCUACAAUGAGGGUAUAGAAGAGAGUGAACAUGUGCCACCACAAAUUUCUGAGGACUCCCCUACAGAAAGGAUGGGGAGGCGAGUAUCAUUUCAGCUCCAACACCUGACAAAGACGUCACUCUACCUCCAUCGGGGAAGAAGGUCCGCUCAAACUGCUCAACAUUGCACGAGGAACGAUACCAUUUUCAACCUUUGA